AUUACAAAAACCAGCUUCUCCUGGGCGCCAAGUGUUGAAACAGAGCAACACCAUGCAGUCCUAAUCACUGACACAUAGAGAGCCUUUUUGGCAGAUUGCUCGAAGCCCUUGGUUCUUCUCUAGAAAGCUGUAGGUGUUGUAUACUUGUAUCUGCAAGUUACGUGCUCACGUUGCAGACAACCAAGCUUUCACUUCUAUUUAAUACAACUUUCUCUCUCGCUCUCCCCUGCAGAAAAGCCAUGGAUUUCAUCCACAAAAUCAUGAAUAUCAUAGUCCCUCCCAUAGCCCUAAUCAUGUUAGUCUCCUUUCUACCAAUAUAUCUGCUCUUCAAGCUUCUCCUCUCCACCAUAAAAUCCAUAUUCAGCGAAGAUGUGGCUGGAAAAGUAAUACUUAUUACCGGGGCGUCCUCAGGCAUUGGCGAGCAUCUUGUGUACGAGUACGCUAGAAGAGGAGCUCGCCUAGCCCUCGUAGCCAGAAGAGAGAACCGUCUCCAGGAAGUCGCCAGCACGGCUUAUCAGCUCGGUUCCCCUGAAGUUAUCGUGAUUCGGGCAGAUGUCUCCAAGGUUGAAGACUGCAACUGGUUUGUUGAUGAAACGGUCGAGCACUAUGGGCAGUCUCCGGUCUGCAUGUUUGAGAGCAUCACCGAUAUUACUAAUUUGGCACCGGCUAUGGACAUAAACUUCUGGGGUUCAGUAUAUGCCACCUAUUUCGCACUUCCACAUCUUAAAAAGAGCAAAGGGAAGAUCAUACCAAUCGCUUCCGCUGCUGCAUGGUUACCCGCACCAAGAUUAGGCUUCUACAAUGCAAGCAAAGCGGCAGUGAUAAGCUUCUACGAGACCCUGAGGGUUGAAUUUGGGAAAGACAUUGGACUAACAAUUGUGACUCCAGGCUUAAUUGAGUCAGAAAUGACUCAAGGGAAAUUCCUAUCAAAAGAAGUCGACAUGGUACUUGAUCCAGAUAUGAGAGAUGUUUUAGUAAGUAUAAUGCCAAUAGCGCCCGUUAGAGAGUGCGCCAAAGCAAUUGUGGAUGGUGCGUGCCGUGGAGAGAAAUACUUGACGCAACCAGCUUGGGUCAGGGCGGCAUUCUCCUGGAAGGCGUUUUGCCCUGAGAUAUUGGAGUGGAGUAACCGCUUGCUACUCCCCAGACCUGGAGCUUCAGAAAGAGAUACACCUAGCAAGAAGCUCCUCGAACUAACUGGCUUAAAGAAAUACAUAUACCCGGAUACGGUUCAAUUUCCCGAGCACAAGGACACUAGAGAAAACCAGCGUGUGCAUAACUAGUUCUAGGCCGUGUAAUGUCAAUAUACAAGAAUAGAAGCUCUUUAUGAGUGUUAAAGA